AUGUUCGAGACCACGCUGACCCUGCCGCGAACCAGUGUGCUUACGGAACCGUUGGGCAGCGCCGGAACCGGAUCUGGGCCCUCCACAUCAACGGCUGCCGUGGCAGUUCAGACCAGCAAACGACGACGAAGGCGACGAAACAAACGUCGCCGCAAAUCCUCCCUGUCCAGCAAUACCGAUGCCCCGUCGUCCCGGACCUACGAUCCCGUGAUGACGGGCAGUACGCUCCGGUCGGCAGCUGUGGCAUCGGUGGGCGGGAGCACGGGCACGGGACCAGUGCGUCGGGGUCGUCGCAGGAGCGGGGUCAGCUCAUCUUCAUCGGCGGCAGCGGCUGCAGCAGCGGCAGCGGAGGAGGAGGCGGAAGAAGCGGAAGCGGAGGCGGCUCGCCAGGAGGAGGCAGCGGAGAUCUUGAGCGGAAACAGCAGCCCAUCGAUGUUCGUCGAUCCGCAGGACUUCUUCGAGACACUGGACUAAAUUUAGAUUAUUUACAAUUUGCAGUAGGUUAAAUUUUGUUGUUACUUCCGUUCUCUCUUUUUUACCUGCGCAACCGGCUUCAGUGCGCCUAUUUAAAACUAAUCGCCGUUCUUUUAAUUGUUCGAUUAUGCUAAAGAUGCGAUGCGUUUGGCGGCCUUUGAUUUGGCGUGAUUUUUAAUAACUUUUAACAUAUAUUUUAUAUAGCCUCUGUAAGCAUAACGUGUGUAAUAUUAUGAUGUAUAAUUAAAUUUGCGAAAUGUGCUGCGACACGACCCUUGAAACUGAUUUAGCCCUUUGUUUUUCGCUUCCACCGCCCGAAACACAACACUCACACACCAAAAUAUAAUCUAGAAUUGAUAGUGAAGGGACUAGCCUGGAGCAAAAACUGUUCAAUCAUCUCCUUAGCAAGUUAAUGUAGAACCGAAUCCAUAGUUAACUGGUAGACAUUCGCGUUCUAAUUCUCCGUGUUUUCAGCGAUUUUCGAUGGACUCCGCGCCAUCCCGUGUAUUGUGGCAAGACUAAGCAAAAGCAAAUGAACAUUUUAAGUGUAACGUUUCGCUAUAGUGUUUAAGCGUAUUAAAAUUUAAUCUAUAUAUACAAGAUUGGUCAUACACACAUUCGGCAAACAUGAAUAGAAUUUAACUGGAUAAUCGUUUAAAUAUAUUGUAUGGAUGUGUAUUUCAGGAAA